AUGGGCACAUCCAUCUUGGCAGUGGCCAUAACAUACUCCUAUUUGAGGAGGAGAUAGAUUCCUAAGAAACGAUUAGCAGACAUCAUUGGAAACACUCCUUUAAUAUAUUUAAAGAGCCUCUCAGAGUAGACAGGGAGAGAGAUAUAUGCCAAGUGUGAAUUUAUGAAUCCUGGAAGUAGCAUGAAGGAUAGAACUGCUUUGGCAUUAAUAUAAUACGGUAUACAGCAUGGACAUUUGGGAGUCAAAAAUAACACUAUUUAUGAGGGGACAUCAGGAAGCACAGGAGUGAGUCUAACUCUGAUUGGAAAUAGUUUAGGUUGCAAGUGCAAGUUAUAUUUGCAAAAUGAUUUGGCUUAAGAGAAAUACAACAUUUUAUAAACAUGCGGUGCGAUCAUCGAAAAAGUACCACCUGUUUCAAUUGUUGAUUCAGAGCAUUUUUGUAAGAAAGCAGAAAAACAAGCAUACAUUGAAGGUGGAUAUUAUGCUGAUCAAUUUCAUAAUUUGGCCAAUUAAUAAGCCCAUUUUUAAACAGGCAAGGAAAUUUACAAAUAAACAAAUGGUCUGAUAGAUUGUUUUGUUAUGUCUUCAGGAACAGGAGGAUCAAUCGCUGGGAUUUCUCAAUAUUUGAAGGGAAAAAAUAAAAAUAUCAAAGUUAUACUAGCAGACCCUCCUGGCUCAUCUUUGAAAACUCAUGUCAAUAGUGGAGUAUGUUACACUUACUAAGAAGCCGAGGGUCAUAGACUGAAGAAUCCAUUCGAUACUGUGAUAGAAGGGUGUGGGUUGAAUAGAUUGACCAAAAAUUAUUUGCAAGCAAAAAUCGAUUAUGGGUUUACUAUAUAAGAUAAGGAAUCAAUACAGAUGGCUGAAUUUUUAAUUGAAAAGGAGGGACUGUUUGUAGGGGCUUCUAGUGCUAUGAAUUGUGUGGCUGUUCUGAAAGCCGUUGAGAAGUACCCAGAAUGUAAGGUUUUUGUUACUAUCUUAUGCGAUUCUGGAUAAAGAUAUUUGAGUAAAUUUUAUAAUAAAGAAUAUUUAUAAUAACAUAAAAUUGAAUAUUGA